AUGUCAAUGGCAAAAAAAGAUUUAACAAAAGAUAAUGAAAAACGUUCAUGUGAAUUAACUGCUGAUUUUACUCAUUUACAAUUACAACCAAUACAUAAAAGCAUGACAUUAAAAUUUGCAUUUAAUCAAGCAUUGAAAGUAUUAAGUGUACGUGGAAAGAAUCCAAUUGAUGAACAUCCAUUAAAUUAUGAUGAAUAUUACCCAUUUAACAAUUGUGCAGCAUCCAAUGUACCACAUUUAUCGGUAUGAAAUUUAAAAAUGAAACCGAAUUUAAUUUAAAGUAAUCUUUAUUUCUU